AUAUUAUUAUGUGUUUAGUCUUCAUUCAACGUGCAAGCAAAUAGGUAACAAUACGUAUUUAAUUUAUAAUUCAUUUUUACAUUCGUGAGCUAAAGUACAAAAUAAAAAAAAAUACCUAAAACAAAAUGAUCGUUUCUCGGCAUGUGUUGAGAGAUAUUUUGGUGAUCUUCUUGAUGGCUUCCAUCCUGCACAACGCGUCCGGGGCCGCCGUCGGUACCGGCCACGACGGUAACGAAGACAGCGGCGGAGCGGAAGACCCGACGACCGCGCAAUCGCCGUCGCUGGUGGACAGGAUGUCGAGCGUGAUGAACAGCGUCAAGCAGCAGGCGACCGAGACGCUGGACAGCGCGGGACACGCGCCGGCGCCCGUGCUAAACAGACUGCAGGGCGGUGGGCCACGGUACAACACUGAGAACAAGUUGCUGGGCGCGAACGCCCUGGACCGGCUGCAGGAGACCAAGGGCCGCACCGUGGCCGCGGCCAAACGGGUGAUGGACGAGACCGUGCACAAGCUGCAGUCGACCGUGGACGACAUACGGCGCACCGUCAGCGGCGACGACUGGGGCGACGUGGGCGGCGACAAGAAGAUCAGCAACGCGCUGGACAGCCUGUUCCGGGCGGUCGGCUCCGAGAGCAAGGCCAUGUUCAAGUACGCGUCCGACGCGCUCAACGAGACCGCGGAACGGGCCAAGGCGGCCGUCGAGCGAACCCAGACCCGACGGCCUCCGCAAUGAGAUCGCCGCAUCGAUAGUGCAGUUGACUGUUGCCGUGUCUCGACCGGACCGUCCGCAGUCCGUUACAUUAGCGCGUUACAGUUGUUCGAAUAAUACCGUUUUUUUUUUUCGCGCUUACCACGAUCGUCACGACAGAAAUAAAAAUCACCGCGUUCCGCACGUAGCGAUCAGUGCGCGCGCGUACAAAGUUGUAGGGUACCGUCGAUAGUUGUACUACCGACGGAGACUGUUCGCCUCUUACCGAUAAUGCCUUUUACCCAUGACGUGCGUGCUACGCACGUCGUAUCUCGUCCGCCUUCGAAUCGUAAUCAUAAGCAAUAACUGUAACACAAUUAUUUCUCGCACGUAACAUUAUUUCGAACAAAUUGUUUGUAGAAUUUACUAAAAUAUACGUUCGUCGUCUCAUACGCUGUCAUA